AAUCAGCCCUAUGUUGGCCAUCUUUUGGGCGACCAGGCCUACCCGUUGAGACAAUAUUUAAUCACUCCUCUUCGGGCUCCAAGUACACCAGCUGACAGGGCAUUCAAUGUUGCGCACAAAAGAGCUAGACAGAGAAUUGAAGAUACGUUCGGACGAUGGAAGAGUCGGUGGCUUUGCAUUCACAAAUUUGGUGGACCGUUAACCAUAUGCCUAGCUACAGCUGUACAAGUAAUCACAGCUACUGCAGUGCUUCACAACAUCUGUGAAGAUCGAGGUCUCCCCGUGGAGUUCCAGCAGGACGAUGAUGAGCAGAAUGAUGAUGAUGAUGACAUGCCAGGCGAUGUACAAGAUCACUCAGGACAAGAGAUUAGACAAAUGUUGAUAAGAGACAGGUUUUAG